UGUUUGAAAGAAAGAGCUUUAUUUCUUUAUUGUUGAUCAGUUAAUUAUAUAUUAAUCACUGAUGGAACAUAAACGUGUCAUAAAAGACAAAAAUAGGCCCAAGGAAGAACAGCCACAACAUCCGAUGCACAUGUGAGCUCUCAUGUGAUCCAAAGCUCUGCCCUAAACCACUUCCACAAAUGUAUCAGUAUUCAGCUUGAAGGACAUUUUAAGAUAUAUUUCACAUUCUUUUGAUCUUGUUCUUUUUCAUCAACUUAUCAUCAGCUGUGGAAAACAAUUUCAUAUCAUAAAUGUUGUUCUGCUUCAUUCAUCAUAAAACUGAAAACAAAAACAAACAGAUGAUAAAAUCUGCCUCUCAAGAUAAAUGGAGAUUAACAGUUUCUCACUUAGUGCCAAUGUCUUAUCAGAGUCUCGUUUUUAUCUCAAACACUGAGGAAACUAAGAUAAGUGAUGGAGUUAACAUUUGAACAUGGGUGACUCUUGAUAUGAAGCACAAAUGUAUUGUUCAUUCAAGCAGUUCAAUUUUGUCACAGAAAUGCUUGAAAUGGAAACAAAAAAAAUCUUUGUUAGUUACAACCUCUGGAAAAAAAACAUUCCCACUCAAACUGACAACCAGAAGGGACUGUAUGAUCUGCCGACAUCCCAUGGCUGAGGCUUGUUCUUACUUUAAAUGACCAGCAGAUGGCCUCUAGCUACCAUUAACACAGACUAGGAAAUACCUUUAACAAUGCACAUGAACUUAGUGCUGAUAUCCCUCCAACAAAAUCCACAACUUUCAGGUCGUUUGAGUAAAACAUGAACGAUUUACAUCAUCAAUGCAUCACAUGAUUCUCUAAUUCACCUGAGACAUGGAUGUUAGAUGCGAUCACUAAUGUCAAAAGUUAAUGGAAUAAUAACUGGUUGUUUAGUUUGAUUUUAUUCUCUAUGUACUUUAUUACCACCUACAGAUUGAUGACUUUUACAAAACAGUACACAAACAACGAUUUCAAAACUUUGGAUUCUUGGGUGAUAGACUUUAGUGUGAAUACAUUAACACUGAGAUGUUACCUCAGCUACCUCAUGCUUGUUGGAUGAUUGUCGGGUUGAGUUCAGGUACAGCAGAAGUUUGUAUUGUAUUCAUUUUUUCAACACUCAAAUGGAUGUCUUUAAGAUAAGUCAGCCUACGUACUCAAAGAACUGCAAGAAAACAUGUAAUAAUGUAAUACUCAACUCAUAAUGUCAUAAAUUGUUACAUUAUUACAUUAUGUGCAGUUAUUACGUUAUGCCCUCAUGAUUUUAUUAAAUCAUAUGCUGAUUAUUACAUUAUGAACUUUUAUAACAAUUUGAUCUACUACAGGCCCUAAAACUGCUCCUUUAAUAAAGAAAAACAACAACAAGAAAGAGGGAAUUACACAUGCAGCAGUUGAAUUGUUGUGUUUAAUUUCACUCAGUAAAAGCACAUAUAAAUAUGCAUUUAAAGGUUUGAUUCUUUACCUUGAUUUCUUUUUUUUCAGAAAUGGCUGUUUGUAAUAUAAUGUAGAUAAAGUUGGACUAUUUCUUGGAUUAUGCUCAGCUCAUUAUACCCUAACUGUUAAAGGUGAAACCUACUCAGACAUUUUAUGAAUUUGUGUGAAAUGAAAUGAUUCAACACUUGCAUUAAAAAAAAAACUCAAAAUAAAUGAGAUGACUACUUUCAAUCAAGUAAUCCCUGUCAAAUUGAAGAUAUUAUGGAUAAGUAAAGCAGACUACUAUUUUAAUUUAUAUAUAACCUGAAGGAAUAUAACCAUAACCACAAAGAACAACUAAAGCCCAAUGGGUAACACUUUAACAGUUUGGUUUGUUUGAAACACUAUCCAAUAAGUUUCACGUUGGAUGUCACGUAGAAAGAGAAAUUUCAUGAAGCCUGGCACAAGAGUUGAAUAAGGACGUAUUUUUUAUGGCUUUGCGUUACAGUUUAAAUUGGUCUGUAUGUAGCUAGGCGUAGGCUAUAACGCUGACCCAUGUUUGAUAUAAAUGAAGAGGUUGAUGUCAGCAGGCUCUCCUUCAAGCCCCAAAACUGGAGAAAUGAUUAUUCACACUGUGGAAAGGCCGGGAGCCUCCAGUUUGUAGUGUUGCAUUGGGAGGCUCGAUAACAUAACGGAAUGCUUCUCCGACCCCCUUCUCACCUCAUAUCAAUGCGGCGCAAUGCAGGCCGGGAAAUGAAGUCUUCGCGAAACAAAGAAUAGCCGUGCUCGCUACGCCCACCGAGCAUCUGCAGUUUCCAUUGAGAACUACCGGUACCGAGAUGCCCAGCUCGGGAUGGUUUCCGGUAAAUGUGUAAAAUGUUUGGACCGAGUGCUUGAAGAGGGGGAAAGUGUGAGGUGAGGAAAUGACCGGGCUGCUGUAUUUACACCGAUUUCAGUGCGGGAGGCGCAGGAGGGUGAGUCCGGAGAGAGUCCCUGUGAUGCCGGGGUCCUCGGAGAACAAAUCAGCCAGAGUUGGAAGAGCGGAUUUUAGCGUAGACAAUAACCGAAGUUGCGCUCAAACUUAGCCCCUUCAAAACACGCCGGUAUCACGAGCAGACUGCACGACUGGACUGCACCAUUGCGUUAAAAUUGCACCGUUUCGUCCAAUUCUGUUUGCCGUGGGAUGCAAGUAUUUUCGUUGCAUUUCCACUUGAAAUCUCUGCCACAGUUUCGCCACCUGCAACUCCAUUUUCCAUUGCACAGCCGUCCAUGCACAACAAAGGAUGGUGGGAUGUAGAUAGUGUGAGUCGAUUGUUGGAGUGGGAUGUCUCUGUCAGUGGGAUGCAGCGAAAAGGUCCGUAUGGCGUUUUUUCCAUUACGUUGCGUCACGCAGUGGAAAAAUACAUUUGUAGGGUUUAAAUAACGAUGAUGUUACCAUGACCAAAAAGAAGGAUGCUACAUGAAUCUCUGAACUGAUACGUUUAUUUAACGGUGGUAAAACUGGUGCUUAAUUUUAAAGGUGUUUUUAUUUUACAGUUCAUUAACGAUGGAAAGCCACCAUUUACAAAGUAAUAAUUGGUUAAUGUAAUGAAGAAGAUUGUGACGAAUCUUCGUGUGGGCAUAUGCGUGUAAAGCGACACUUGAAAUUAAACCCUUUAUAAAAUUAACUUUCAAAAAUGUACCUUAUUUGUCUUAAUAUGUAUAAACGUCGCAUGAUGCGUUAAUAAUUUUUGCUUUUAUUGUGAAAUAUACUGCCGGAAACCAUCGUAACCGUUACGGCUAGUUUGACGUCUUCACUCAUUAGCAUCUUGACUGUACUGGCGCGAGAUCCGCUCGCGGUGAAGGGACGCAGGUCGGUGUCGAAAUCCUACACUCACGGCUCCGUUUUAUCCUUCUGCCGGGACCAGCUGCUCCUCUUAAUUUGAUGUUUUUUCACACGAUAGACUGAGUCAACUUCUCAGGUAAUUUAAAUUGUGUCUCAGGAUGCAAAACUGUUAAUUAAUAGUAACGAUAAUCUCGACGAUACAAUUAAAAAUCAGCGCUCCAUUUAGAUCUAAUUAGGACAUGACUGAACGGGCGAAGAUGGAAGACGUGAUACACUGGCCUGUUUAUCUCCAUGGUGACACCGCGCGUGCAUGGCCAUGAUGUUAAGGUGUUAUAUAGGUGGUGAAAGCAAACCAGAUUCACAUGUUUUACUCACUGGUUGUGAUAUUGAAAUGAAGAGUGAGUUUUCCCUUCAAGGGCAUAAUCAGAUACGAAUGUUCUUUAAAGCACUGUAUCAUCUCAAGAGUGAGAGCGCUUUAAUUCAUCUUUGCAAGAAAACUAACUGGUGGGAGCUCUGUUUGUUCUCAAAACGCAUGAAACUUGUGUUUAUAAGGUCAGAGUUAUUACACAACUCCUUCUUUUGUGUUCAUCUCAACAACUUGUAACAUUAUAUGUCAAAAUAUUCAGCAUGAAACCUCAAAAAUAAUUGUAAAGCUUGGUCUGGUCAAGUGUCUCCUCUCCAUCUUGAACAUCUACUCCUAAAGUGUCACCUCGGUUUUCUUUUGUAUUAACAAAACAAUGUGUAUUAGCUCCAGAAGUUAAUAUGGUCAUUCAAAGGAAAAAAAAGCUGGCUCAUGUUUUGUGUUGUAGCUCUUUCCACUUCCCACUGGAAGUGCACCCCCCACCCACCCACCCACUUUAAUAGACCAUUAAGAGGCAACCAGGAUGGUUAAGCUGUCAGCUGGGCCUGAUUGAUUCGGUUAGACCACAGAUGAGACCGAUCUGUGCUCAAGAUUCCUCUGGAGCUCUGGGCUGAAAGUCUCCCCUCCCAGCCCCAGGCAAGAGAGCAUUGGUGGAUGUCCCUGAGUUCAGGCAGGGGAUGCUGAGUGCAAAGAGAGAAGAGAUAUCACAAACAGUAACCCUGGUUGUUGUGAAGAUGCAACGUGGUGAGUUAUGGCACAUUCCUUUCAGGUGCAGUCCUCAACCAGGUGGUGGGACACUGACGGAGAAAAGUUUAGCAAAGGCGAGGAGUGUUUUGGACUUCUUGUAAAAAAAAAAAAAUAGGCCACUGGUCCCUGCGGUAAGCUACGCUUUUCUGGGGCAGGCUCUGUGAUGACGCCUACCUGGCCCGGUUUGGGAACAGACACCAUGGUCCAUCCUUUUUGGAGAUGGGUGCAGAAACUGUCCUGUUCGGAUACACUCUACUGAGAGGACCAAACUGAGAUACCUUGGGUCUGACUCUUCUUUCUGAACAGUUGGCAGUCUUUUCAGUUGACUUUUUCUGGAGCAAAACUGUAAGUACGCUUCAGCUAACACCCCCACCCCCCUCCCGACUCAGGACCUCCUGCUUAGAUCUGUUAAAUCAGUUAUUCAGUAAGUACUUAUUAGAAAGUCUGUUUUCUUCUGUGUUGGCGAUUUCUUUUCUCUCUCUAAUUUGGCUUCUUUUUGUUCCCAAAACCCAAGUGAGAAGUGCAAUGCUAUUUAAAGAUGGCAUCACUCAGCCAGCUGCGGCUGUUUCUGCUCCCAUCGUAAUUGAAUCAGCACUAGUAGAGUGCGCCAGCGUGAGAGCGUCUGUGCUCCACACAAGAUUAUACAGUGGAGUCUAGGCAUUCAGUAACUUCCACUUUCUCAUACCUGAUUGGUGGCUCCUAUUCUUGGUGAAUGUGUUAGUGGGACGGAAGUGGGAAGUGGACCGCGUCCCUGCUUGUAUCCAAGGAGUGGAUGUGGGUUUGUAAUGGGCAGUUUUAAACAAGGUGAUUCAUCCUGAAGAUAUAGAGUUUCAGACAAGACUACGGCACAAAGAGUGAUAGAUGAGGUGGGCAUGCAACUUUUUGACUCAUCCGGUCAGAAAGAUAAAUCUUCAGUUGAUUAUCUGUGCCUCUAGUUUCUUUCGAGUGUCAUGUCCCUUUUAUCUGUUUGUACAACAUCGUGAGGCAACUUCAACAGCUGUCAGAAGCUAUAGAGAAAAUGUCCGUCACAACAAUAAGUUUUUGACAGACCCAUUACCUUUGAAAUGACAUGUCCCGUAUGGCAGGGAGAGGGUUAAGAACUCAAAAGGGAACUAGGCCAUCAACAUCCUUUUUUUAUGGGCACAUUCAGAGACUGGGAGUGUGUGAGUGUGACUGAAAAAGCAACAUUUGAAGGUGGAAUGUAUCGUCUAAGGCCUGUGGAUCAUUUGUGCUGUGCUUAACAUGCAGUUUAUUCAAGUGCACACACAACAUAUAAGGCUGUGGUGUUGGAAAAAUUCUCUGUUUGUAGCUCUACCCCUCCACUGUCUCAAAUCCGCGCUCACUUUCAGACACCAAAGAUAUUUUCUCCUUCCCAGGAUAGAGAGAAACGCUCACCACUCAGCUCGAUUAUUUUGAGUCAUCUAGCCAAGGCUGUGGCGCUGGGCGGGAGUGUAAAAAAAUUCAUCGCCAACCGCGGAUACAUCUGCCUCCUCUCAGCAGUGUGAGGGUUCUCCUCCACUUUGUUUGUGUGACUCCCAAAACUGUAAUAGUAAAAGCCCACUCCAGGUGGUUGAAGGCAAAAUGAAUGGCCUGUUCGUUGUACAUCUGAAUGCUCUAACUCAGGCUUCUUCUUUUCAUAGGGAAGUUUAACCUAGCCUGUAAAUUUUACCGGGAAGAGGAACAAAAAAGGCCAAAAUACAGAAUUGAAUUCUAACUGUAUCUGAUUUGUUUACCACAACACUUAGGUACACCUUGUGCCCUGACCGUUGUACGAACUAAGCUUCACGGAAGAACACAGAUUGGUAACCUUUUAUCAAGAGCCAGACAAAACAUGUUCGCUAAGCUGAUAUGAAUGAGUCAACAUAGGUCCAACACAGGUAUUCCUCAUUAAAUUUUGGUAAAGGUUGGUUAUCUACCACAGCAACCUCUGUCCUAAAGCCAAACUUUAAUCCUCACUGGCCACCUGGUCUAACAGUUAGAGCCGCUCGAUCAUGUCAAAAAUUGAAAUCAUGAUAAAUUUUAUUUGAUCCUGUAAGUGGAAAAAAAUAUUCUUUCCUUGUUUACGAAGGAACUGUCUGUCUAACUGGACAAUAUUAAUUUUAAAAAGCAAAUGCUCUAUGACAGUGUUUAAAGGGUCCAUGCAUCAAUUCUUAACUUCACUAAGAGUUUUGACUUCAUUUUGAUGAUGAGGAUGCUCUCCAAACUAUUCAGCCUUUUCAAACCUGCGUCUUUAUAACAUCACCAAUUAGGUUAUGUUUUAUCGUUAUAUGGAGGGCGCUUGUUCAUACUCAUGAUCUCUACAGCCACUCUGCCGUCAUGCGUACGCUGUUCCUUAGCUUUUACGGACACACACACACACACACACACACACACACACACACACACACACACACACACACACACACACACACACACACACACACACAGACGCAUAUGCAGACUUCUGCCUCCUCUCACUCCUCCCUGCUCUCCUCUCUCCGUCUGUGGCUGCAGGAUAGUUUGUACUGCUGCGGCGGGUGGCUGUCUGACAUAAGUCGGGUCCUGCUCAAGGUUCCUGCCCGCUAAAGUGAAGUUUUUCCUCGCCACAGUCACUCGUGUUGGAUGGGAUGGGUCAAAUCUUUCCCAUUUUAAGGUUCGGUCUUUGUAAAACAUCAAACAAUGAACGUAGUCUACACCUGCUCUUUUGGAAAGCAUCUCGGGUACAGACUGUUAUGAUUUGGCAAUAUAUAAACAAAAAUUAAUACAUGAUUGGUUGAUUACCUCCGCCAAGGAGGUUAUGUUUUCGGUAGCGUUGGUUGGUUUGUCUGUUAGCAACUUUAUGGAGAAAGUAACAGACGGAUUGACCUGAAAUUUUCACCAGAGGUGCGCCUCAGCCCCAGGAGGAUCCCAUUAAAUUUUGGUGGUGAUCCGGACAAAAUUCUGGAUACUGUGAUCCAGAACACACAAAAAUAAGGGUGUCGUUGGAAUUUUCAAUGCUGAAAGAUAACCAAUGGGUGGCACAGUGGUGUAGUGGUUAGCACUGUCGCCUCACAACCAGAAGGUCCUGGGUUUGAAUCCUGGUCAAGGCAUUUCUUGUUUAAGGGGGGACAUGAGCUGCUUGGCGGAGGUCUGCGCUCUCCGAGUGCUUUUCUAGUUGUAGUAUACAAUACGUUGAAGAUACAGAAUCAAAUCGGUCACUUCCUCAUGCUCUCAAACUGAACUCAGUUGGACCUUCAGUAAGGUUACUCACUCAUGAAAUUCAUCUGGAGCAUUUGUGAGAAAUUGAAUGCAUUUUUUUGGUCUGGUUUAAAGUUGAAGUUUGGGUUGUAUGCAAUUCAACCUCAGUAAUCACAAAAGCCAGAUUUUUUCUCUCCUAUCAUUUGCAUUUUGGUUUUGUGUGCAAGUCGGCUGUCUGGACAAAGCCUUUGCAAUUGGCCCUAAAGAUGUGGUUUUCAUAGUUCUUGGGCUGUUUUCUCUGCAGCUGAGGAAUAACAGAACAAUCAAAUCUUCACAUUGAGGUUGGAAUUAUCAUCAAAUAUUUUGCAAGUUUGCUUGAAGACAUAUCAUUUGUGAAAUUAUUAAUCACUCAUUACAAGCAUUUUCCUACAACAAAUAAUAGAUCACUGUUAUUUCUCUUAAGUCCCUCAAAUUAAUAAUCCAUAACCGUUUUUACUGUGUUUGCUGUGUGAGAUUAACUAACUUUAGGCAAAGAAAAAAAGUCAUUACUAAAUUGUUCUCCUCAUGUACUUGGUGGGAUCAUAGAGAGGUUGUAAAGUGGUUCACCUGGCCCAGAAGAGUGUUUAAUUACAUGACUGAAGUGUUGCUAUGAGAGCAUUUCAACUCUUUACUCGUGAGUCGCUUGAACACUGCCCAUUUGGAACAAAAGGUCUGACUGUAUGCCAGGGAACUGUUCUCCCACAAAACUUCAACAGCAUUGUAGACACCACAAGCUUAUUCACACCUCAGUUGUCAAAGUUUGGGCAUCACUGCCUGAUUUUAGAUGGCCAAAGCAGUGUUCCAAUCAAGUCCAUGAGGUUCAAGUUUUAGCAGACUGAGUGUUCAAAGAUGUCCUUUCACAUUUCUCUUUUUUUCUGUGGGCGUUAAACUUUGUUUCCUGUGUCUGUUUAUCCACUCUUGCAUAAAUACAUCUCUUUGGUCUAUCUUUUAUACUUAACAACACCAAUAAAAAGAAGAAGCAAACAUUUUUGUUCUCGAGGUUAAUGUUGACCAUCUGGAUGCUUAAGGCUCCUUAUAUUAGAUAUAAGGUUAUGAGCUCUCAGGCCUAUUCUGGUCAACAAAUUUUUGUACUGAUGAAACAUGCAUCAUCACUGCUGUACUGUACUUUCUUUUCAUGACUAAUUCUGAUGUAAUCCUUUAUGUUUUUUUAAUUAGAGGGCUUAAGAUGGGUGAAGCGGCCGCCUUUUUCAUGCUGGAGACCUGAAAUCUACUGCUCUGCUGCUGCUUGGGACCUCUACCACCUCCACCCCACCCAUGACUUUCUACAGUGUAUGUCUCUACUUUUUCAUAUUCACACGUAUUUACUAUUAACCAUGCCAUUUAUCAAGAUUAACGUGUCAACUUUAAAUUCAAACAGGAUUUCGAAUUAGAUGCUAAUUUGCUGUAAAAUUUGAAGUGGGAAAUGUUAAGUAAAGACUAGACGAUCCAAUAUUGAUAUAUUGGUCCAAAAUCAGCAAAAAAAAACAAGUAUCGGCUUAUCUCGGCCUGCAUCUAAAAUCUCCAAUACCAGCACUCCGAUACAUGCAGUCCAGGGUUUCCCCUACAUGCUAUUGAUCGUGGCGCACUGCUAAAUGAAAGCGGCCUUAAAAUGAGGUGUUUUCUUACAUGGCUCUACCUUGAACCAAUAUGUAUCCAAACGUAUCCAAACGUGUGGCGCACCACAGAGCAUGCGCGCCGAGUAUUAGCAUAAGUGAGUUAUUGUCGGCCAUUACAGCAGAUUACUAAGGUACUAACAAAGGAGCAAGGAGUAGACUGUGUUGCAGAAUUUUUUGUUUAAGUCCGAAAAAGACUUUGCAGCUGAGUGCACUUGUCAUGCACAAUUUUGUGCCAAUAUCCGAUCAAUAUCUGUAUCGGCCAAUACUGAAGGUUUUAAUAUUGGUAUCAUAUCGGAAGUAUAAAGUUUUAUCGGGACACCCCUAGUAAAGAGACGUUCCUCUCAGUUUUACAAUAUUGGCCUUUUAUCAGCUCAUAUUACUGUAUCUCAUAAUACAAUAUGAUAGAAAUGGAUGCUGAAGUCUAAACAUCUCUAAACUCAGUGAGUAAUUUGAUGUCUAAUGUUUGAUUUUAAAUUUGGCUUCAGAUUAUUGGGUUUAUUUUCCCCCAGAUAACUGACUUAGAUGCUUCAGAUACUCUCAACAUUAAAAGAUUAAUUAUGGCUUCAAGGGAAUUCAGUGAAAACAUUUAAGUCUAAAUAUUCAAUGAAUCUUGAACCACAGUGUUGAUAUUUCUCACUGCAUCAGUUGCCAAAAAGAGGUUUCAGGGUUAAAACCAAAAUGCUGCUUCUUCUACGCUGGUUUACCUCUUUGUGUUUCUCAUCUCACAGCUUAAAGUGGUGUUGACGCUAAAAACUGUUGUUUUUCAGAACCCGCUGACCAGUGUGCCUCAAACUCUGUAAUGGAAAAUCGUGGUGAGUACCAUACUGCCUGCUGUGGUUUUGUUAAAUGCAGUGUUAAUGCUGUUGAAAGAGCUGUAGAUCCACUCAUCCACUGUGUUUAUGGAGGCCUGUCUAGUCUUCUGUGCGUUUUAUGAGCCACUUAGGAACCAAGCCAUACAUCUUCUGUCCUCAAAGCUCGGUCAUGCACUGUUUAUCUGGGAGGAAUAUGUGUUUGCAGAUCUGUUGUGUCAUUUUUACCUUUCUUGUCCAUAUUUGACUUGGAGAUGAAAUGUCUGCUGGGCAGGAGAAGGAAGUGUGACCUCGAUUAAGUGUAGUGAUUUUCUUUUUCAGUCACUCUCAACUCAAGUUUCCUAGUUAAUAAGUUCCUUUUUGUAAAACCAUUUAGCCUAGAAACAUAGGACUUCCUGAGGCCACUUCACAAUAAAAGCCAUUCGUCAGCAACAUGUUAGACUGAAUUAAAAUGUAAAAAAUAGAGCUAUCGAAGGAUUCAUUUCUUUAAUCCUACAUAAUCACAAUUUCCAAAGUUAACCCACGAUAAAUCACAAAUCAGUCACUCAUUUUUAUCUGUUGUGAAUAUACUGUCAAGUGUUUUUAACUCCUAGCAACAUAGGCAUGGGCGUGCCUGCUUUAUGCAAACAUAUGGUUAUCGUUGCAACAAUCCAAAACACUGACAGACACUAUUCAGAAAAUCCCCGGAAUAACCUCAAAGGUACUAAAUACUUAAAUGUGACUUUGUAGUGUCCAACUGUACACUUCUAAAGGUUAACAAGGCACCCUCAGUUUUUCAAGCAGCUCAUCACAACACAAACAGACCUUAUGCACUAGCACACACAUUGUACAGCAAGUGCAUUGGUGGGUUGCAUUUUCCUUCCCCCAAAGAUCAUUCUCUGGAUCCUUGUGAUUGCAUCUUAGCUCCACAGGGGAAAAUAUACUGUAGGCCAUUUUGGAUAGUUUGCAAUGGAGACUCCUGCACAACUUUUGCAAGGGGAAGGAGGGCUCUCUGUAUCACCUGCGUGCUUGGCCAGCAAGUGGUGUUAGGAACAUACUUCAGCGGUUACUCAGUUCACAUUAACAGGAAAUGCAAAUAACUCCAGUCUUGUUGACAGAAGCAUCCAGCAGGGCUCUGAAGCUGGGCCUGUCAUUUAAAAGACCUGUUUCUUUAGCCAUUCCUGUUUAAGGAGUUCUGUUUUUGCUUCUCUUGAACAACUUCUAUAUCACUAUUUAGCUGUUAGCAAAAAGCCCAGGACAGCAGGUUAACAUCGAAGAGUUACAGACAACAGGGUGGAUAUUUCCACAUGGUCUAUUUUAGCGCCCAACCGAUUUAUUGGCGAGCCGAUUAAAUCGGCCAAUUGUAGCCCGUUUGAGACUAAUCGGUAAUCGGCCAAAACUUGCCGAUUGUUGCCUAUAUUUUCAGAAAUAAAAUGCGGAGAAUAAGAUUUGAUUUCACUUCGAAAAUGUUCCACCAUUUGAAAAGAUCCCCCACUUAUCCUGUAGAUGGCGCAGCAACCUCAUGACAAUCUUCAUCCACUGACUACCUCACAGCACAGCAGAGUGACGGAUCUGAAUUAGUCAGCUCAGAGACACACGGAGGAGAGUGGUCUGCCUCAACAGUAAAUAAACCAGUUUGUGAAAUAAUACACAAUAAGUCAACAAGUUUCAGUUCAACCCACUUCAUGAUGUUCCCCGUGGUGCUGGUCUCGGUCACGCCGAGUUAACGGUGAAGCACCAUGUACUAUGCGAGCUAAAGUUAGAGUUAGCCACCUGCUAUUAGCCUUGCUACACUGUUAGCCAUGUCAGUAACGGUAGAUUAAACAACAGUACACAUUACAUGAUCGAGCUACUUCUCUUACUGAGGCAGCUGCAUGUCUCCAGAACGUGAGUUAAAUCGCUGAGGCACCGAUUGGCGCGGGGGGGUUGAAAACGCUUUUCUGGUCUGAGUUUGAUUCAUGAUAAAUAUGUGGAAUAUUACUGAGGUUAAUGUUACUGAGAAGUGUUUGAAAGGCUCAGAAGCAGCCAUUUGUUAAAAAAUUAGUAAAUACGUUGAUAUAUUACUUAAAUUAACAAAAUUUUGAAACUUCAUUAAAAAAUUAAACAAUCGGCUGAUUAAUCAGUAAUCGAAUUUUUUCCUCCCUAAUAAUCGGUAUCGGCAUCGGCCCCUAGAAAUCCAUAUCGGUCGGGCCCUAGUCUGUUCUGCAGAAUGUAUUACUGACCAUCAAAUUCCAGGUCUCCACCGUGUAAAACUCACAAAUCACACAUGACAGUUAGAAUUCAGGCACAACCUGCACUGUCUCGUCAUUGAUGAGAGUUCUCCCUUUGUUUGAGCAUAACAACAUUAAGACUUACAAGAACUAAGCAGAAAGACACCUCCUGUGGCACUAUUUGGUACUGCAGUCAUAUCACAUCUUACAGACCUUGCUACAGCAGGCCGCUGUUACAAAGACUGUAUACAUCUGUAAAAAUUAGAACAGCAUUUUGUGGGAUUUGCUUAAAUGUGUUAUUAAGAUGUGAAUUCUGACAGACCCAGAAGAAAAACAAUUGUUGUCUUGUAGUUUUCAAACUAUCCCUUUUCAGCUCGAGGACUCUUCCUGCGUUAACCUUGGCGCCCCCUGUGGACAAAGCUGUCAUUGUCUCCCUUGUCUUUUACAUGGUCAAGUAGUGUCUUUGUACAAGAAUUCUCGUCCUUCUGAAGUUUGACAGUUAAAGAUGUAUUUGUGUUUAUUGUGAAUAUUUGUAAAAAUGAUAAAAACAUAGCUGUUCUUUUUGGCUGGUCAUACUGGUUUCAGGGAUUAAGAAUUAAUUGAAAAAAAAAAAUUGUUAAAAAAAAACAGAAACGUUAUAUAUUUUUAUCAAUCUUAUCGCUGAUGGUCUUGCUUUUUUUGUUUAUCUUAAAAAGGCAUCAAUAUAAACACAAGAGCCAUAACUUUCGUUGAAGGGUAAUGCUUCCUAGUCACCAGAGGGCAGCCAGGAGUCAUUUUGGCAGCGGUUACAGGUGUUUAAAGUUCAGUGAUUAUUGUAUCAAUGAUGCUGCUGGGUGAGGAAACAGUUUUUGACUGUGCUCUGAUUUACGAUUAUGGUUGUAUUUUGUGGUUCAUGUUUAUUGUUGUCAACAUCUGUUUCAUAGAAGGGAUGAACUAUAAAACGAAAUUGCGAAAAUAAAAUAACACGCAUCUUAGAGAUAAAAAGACAGGGCUUCAUUAUUUUUUGAGUACAUGUCCAAACAAUAGGCCCAUUAAUGGCCAGUAGUGGCUUUAGUAUAGAACUUGUCACUAAGAUAUAUCUCAAUGUGUUUCAUAAAUAUUGAAAAACUCCUCACAGGAGUCUGGUCCUCAUAUGGGCUAAGCUAACCAGCUGUGUUAAGCUAGCUGUUUUUCCGUCUGGUACUAAGCUAACUAACUUUUUAACUCCUUUUUGUCACUGUUACGACAUGAAAGAAGUUCUGAUCUCAGCAAGAAAGCCAUCUGUGGUGUGCUGCGAGACAGCAAACAAACAUUUGGAAAAAAAUUCUGCUGUAAAUGACCAUUUUUACCCUUCAGCCACUCAAAUAUUUAUAUCAAUCAGCUGUUUGAAACUAGACUCUCCUGAGACUCAUGUUCAGUCAUGAAUGAGACUGGAGCAGUGAUACACAGCGUUGUAGCACCUUCCACUCGGCCUGCUCUGUACUUGUUCACUUCAAACAGGGCCUUGUGUGUACACUUAUGUGUGUACCUGCCCCCAUCUGCUUGCCUGCUGAAGGGGCCUGGCCCAGUCUGUUAUCCAGGUCAGGCCAACAGGUUCUGGGCUCGUGCAGAUUGGCUCAGCUCUCUCUGGAAACGGGCCCGUUGUGGAGUCUUUAUGUGGAGCACAGCGAGAGAAAAGGAACGCAGCCGAACACACUAGCUCUCCAUCUUUAGAAACAAGUGGAGAUGCAGCCAAACAUUCAAAAAGCUCUGAUCUACUGGGCGUAAUGACACAGGUCAAUGCUCUGGAUUUCUCUGUAGAGCAGUUGGACAGAGUUAUCUGAAGACAGACAAACCUCAAAAGGAAUCAAAGCGCCAAUUCACCAGUCCAGCUCUGACUCACUUGUUUAUCUAGUUAAAGAAACAACUCUCGUUUUCUCUCCUGCACUGCAAUUCAUGCACCGAACAGGGCAGCUCAUCCGUGCUAGCAUGUUUCAAAGCCUUGCUAAUGCCUUCAGCAGUGUUAAGAGACCUGAAGAUGUGCAUAUUAUUGUGUCUGGGGAGGCAUUAAGAGAGGUGAGCAAAAGAACAAACACUCUGUCAGCUCUUAAUGGCCAAAGUGUUAUAUUUGUGUGCAUACAGGCUAUGAGAACAGCAGCAUAUGUCUGAGUAACACCUCUUCCUGUAUGUCACUCAGACCUGUGAUCCCUCUUGCCUCAGUUAGUCGAGUGUUAAACAGCUGUUAAUCCGCUAAGGAUCUUGUCUAUUGUUGAUGUAUAAGUGCUACAAAAUUGACCCUCACACAGCUACUAUUUAUCUUGUGUAACAUUGUCAUGACUAAAGGUGUUGAUAGAGUCCUCCGCCAUUUCUCUGCACCCCAUUUUCUACUGUAAAACUAAACUUUGGUGUUUGUUUGCCGAGCUGGGUGCAGUAAACCUAUCCAGGCUUAUCCAGAGACUGCUUGUAUCUCUGUCUUCUGUUCUUGAUAUUUUUUUUUGUUGUGUGGAAGGCAAGAAAAUACUGAUACAAGUGAGUGCAGCAGGUUAUUACGCUGGCAUGCAAUGUGAUCUGAGCUCUGAGGUUUUAAAUUUGUCUCCUGCUUCAAUGUUUUGAUUGUUGUGUGCAGCCUGUUUCAGACUGUUUAGAUCGAACACUUCAUUGUUCUCUCAAAAACCACGGCGCCACAAAGCAUACAUUUCAUAGCACAUACAUUGUUGGAUGCAUACAUCACUCUGCGUACUGCCGCACACACAUCAAAUUAAAAACAUAACUCGUCCUCCUCCCAGGAAUGGUAGGCAUCUUUGAGUGAAUGCUGACCUGUGCUGUGAGCCAAGGAGGGAGGGUCAGCAAGCAAGAGGGAGAGGGAGAGGGAGAGGGAGUCCAGCUCCUGGAGGGAGGGAGCGUCUUAAGGAGAUUGGGAGAGGGAGAAACAAGGGAAGGACUGAGCUUUAAUGCGUAGAGGAAGAGUUGAUGAAAGAAACACAGAAGAAGAAAAGACACAUAAGGACCGGGGAGUGCGUUGAAGAAGAAGAAGGGUGGCAGGUGCAACGGCUGAUCCGACCGCCGUGAAGCACACAUUCCUGGUUGCAGGACAGGUAGAGGCCCCUCGGGGGCUGGAUCAUGGGACAGAUCCUUCGUGUGGAAUCCCAAGCUCAGGACCCACAACAACAGCAACAACAAGAACAACACAAUGGCGGUGAGUUUCUAGACUCACUCAUGCACUCUCUGUAUACUUGAUACAGUUGUGCAUUCCUCACCGGCAACAGACCGAGCACGAUUAGUCGACUAUUUUUCCAUUUUUUUCAGAAGAUCAAAACAACCAGGAGAUAUGAGCAUUUCAGACUGUAUGUGCUGCUCUAUGAACGCAGCACUGUGCCCCCCCCCACUUUACUGUUAGCUCACAAAGAAUGUUGAAUCAUUGGGAUCACGUGGAUGAAUCUCAGCUACAUGUUCACACACUCAUGCCUCUGUUUCAUAUUAACUUUGUAUGUUGGAGUAACUACCUCAGCCAAGUAGAUGUUUAAAAACAUUUGAGUGAUUGAAGAUCAAAAGUUUGUUGGACUUGGGGAAGUUGAACAGAGUCAGUCAUUUAAAGACUGAAAGACUGCUGUUUUAAAGGAGCGCUCUCUGUCGUGGUGUUGAUUUGGUGUGCCAUAACUACGCUUUUGUCAGAAUGGUUAGCACAAAACACUUUCCACUAAUGCAAGUUUUCGUAAUUAUAAAGUCUUUUUCUGUUGCCAGUUCACUGGAUUAGGAUUUAUAAACUGGCCUGGCAAGGGUAAGGUUUGUAAUGAGGUUGGAGGUAUUUCCAAACCACUGCACAUAAGUGAUCCAGUCAGCUGGGUCCUUAAAAACAACAAUCUCCUUUAACCACAUGUUCACCUGACCGGGCCUGCCAUGACUCAUUGAAUCAUGAGGUUAGUGGGAAAUCUGGCCCCUGUGGGACAGGCCUGUAAGAGGGUGUGUGAGGGUACGUCAACAGGACACACACACAUAAAGCCCCCCCAAUGUUUCCUGACUGGUAUGCGUUAUCUCUGUGUAGCCCCUGAUUACAGCAGGGUUCUGGUUUUGUUCAGACUAACAGGAUGUUGGUAUUGAUCUGGAAAUUCAGUCAGAUUUAUAAAUUUCACUCGUUAGUGACAAUUCUGUCUCUUGGCCCUGCAGCUCAGUACUUCCAUGGUACAGUGCAGUCUGUUUAGAGUGUGAGGGGAAGAGGUUGUCUUUGUUCUAGGUCACAGAAUCAGGGUGGAGUGUCGUUUCCUCCCUGUGUUUCCAGGCUGCCCCCCCCCGCUCCAUAACUCAUGUACUUUUUCUCUCUUUGUCGUCCUCUUUUCCCCUUUACUCCCGUUCCCAGACCCUCAGUCACACUCAGCUGUGGUGCCACCGCAUAUCGGACAUCUGAAACAGUAACACAGUAUUAGAGACUUGUGUUUCAGUGCUCACGAAGAAUAACUUUGAGGGGACCCAGCUCUCUUGAAUGAUAUAUUCAUGUUGGAUGUACUGUGCUGUUUGUAAUUUCUUCGGAUUUUGGGGCUGUUGGAUUGCCACCUUUUGAAACCAGGCAUCUCUGGCUAAUGUACAAGCCUUCGAAGGAUCUGUGCCGUCAUCUUGUUCAAAUAGAUGCCUGCUGUAUGGGCUGAGCCCUGUGCUAUCAUCAUCUCUGCAGUGCUCUGGAGUGUGCGGGCCUGGCACAGGCAGCUCUUAUCCUGCUUCACUGGCUUCAGCUGAGCCACUGUGUCAGCGGCUGCUGUGACAGAGCAGUCUGUCGUGUGAGAACCUCAGUUCUGGUUCACAGGGAAGCUGCCUGGAGCAACUCUUAAUCUGGAUGUUAUGGCAGCUGGUUUGAAUCCUCAGAUUUCUACUUUGGCAAGAUAAGCUGGAUUUUUAUGGUGUGGACAUGUUGCUUGAACCUGGACCCUCUCUGCUGUAGAUUUGAGCUUUCAAGACUUAUCUGUUGGAAUCAUAAAGGAUUGUUGAUUUUGGCUUUUCUGAAUGCUCCCUGCCUCCCUAUGGCAUGCUGCUUCAAAUCCCAUCACCAUGGAAGCUGGACCCUUAACACGCCUCUCUCAGGUAGAGAAAUGUGUGUUUUUUAAAAAGGCUUUAAAAAAAUCGAACCCUUCAGAAAGUCAUAAAUUCCCAUUUUUGAACCAGACACAAAGUUUGAGUUUAAGAGCAUGAGUUCUGCUCAGGGCUGUUUUGGACGUUUCAGCAAAAGUUGGGCUUUUUGAACACAAUGUGCACUCAGUUCAAAUUUUACCCCACCAGCAGUACUGACUGAGGUAGCAUCAGUUCAAGACUCUGCCCUUCAGCUGCAAAACUGGGUUUGAAUCCUGUGUCAGCAACCGUCCACUAUGCUAAAAUGUCCCUUAGCUAGAAACUGAAACCUUGCCAGCUCCAGGGGCACUGGUCCUCAGCUUACUCUAAAGCCCUGAAAGUUCAUUUCUGUCCAGGAAUUAUAUUAUUGUUAUCAUAAUCAUGCUACUUACUGUAUCGCACUUUCUGCGUGUCACAUCAGAACUGUAGGUAUUGUGUGGGGGCAUAUUGUUGUGGGACUCAAACUGCGAGGCAUUGUUGCUGUCAAAACUUCCUGUUUUUCUCUGAAACGGAAUGUUUCAAAUUGGAGCCCAUUCUUCCUCAACUUUGUAAAUAUUAUGUCUGCAGAAUUCAGCAGCUGCAGUUUAAGAGAGUCAAUGUUUGAAACUCUCUCUGAGCUCAGCACCCAGUCAGGUGACCUGUCAUUCAGGUACACGCUGAAUUUGUUACCCUGAAUGCCACUGAAUGGAGUACUAUAAGCCUUAAUAGAAUCCCACAAUGACAUGUGUUAUUUCCUCCAUGAUUGUUAGCAGUACAUGUGACAGCUGAAAGUUUUUCCUUCCACUGCGCCUCCAUCUAUGCGUGAGCCUGUGCUCUCUAUAGAGGCAUUGAGGGCUGAAAGGCUGAUAAGGCACUACUCUCCAUCCAGCCAAGGAAUGUGAGCACUUGACAGCGAGAAAUCCUGGCCGAACGCCAGCAUCAGACCUCUUCUGUUAACUGUGGAUUUGUGGAGGAGUCCAUGAGCUCUCAGCAUCACCCUGCCAAAGCACACUGAGUCCCCGAGAACCAACAGCUAAAGAUAAUAACGGCUCUAAUGAGCACGGGCCUGUCUUAACAAAGAUCUUCACACAGAGUAUUGAGACCACGGAUGGAUCCAUACUGAGGAGCUUUUAAAAUAUCUACCUUGUUCAAAAUUGUGUAGCAUCGUGCAGAUAUGAAAAAACUAAACAGAUAUUCUCUGUUAUUGUAAACAUUAGCACUGUACAAGAUCUGAGAAUAGUGACACAUAAGGUGUUGCCAGUCCUGGUGCCAGGAGGAAGUACCUGACCAGACCUGGUUUUAGCUUAUUUACUGUGUACUUCAAUGAAUGAGUCUGAAUGAAUGAAUGAAUGAACGGCAUAAUGACUCAGCUUAACUCAGCUCACUGUUAAUUAUCAUUCAUUUAAUGAGCCUGCAUACAACUAAACAAAAUGACAUCAGUGCAGGUAAAUAACUAUCAGGCGGAUAACACAAAAGCAACAAGACAAACAUAACAACACAACACAGGACAAGACUGUCAGGUGGUUUUAUGGUGCAAACAUGCAACCCACAACCACGCCUCUUAGACAAACUCUGAUCUGUUUUCAUGGUUAAAAGAAAGUUAGUGUGGGAGCACCCAGUUUGUAACUCGUGUUCUUGUGAAGUUUUAAGAGGGAUUCAAAAUAGAGUCCUCUAGUUACGAAAAGAAAUAAUGCAAAAAACAUCAAUGUUGGGACUGUCUGUCCACUUAAUUACCUCCGCCAAGGAGGUUAUGUUUUCGGUAGCGUUGGUUUGAUUGUUUGUUUGUCUGUUAGCAACUUUACGGAGAAAGUUACAGACGGAUUGACCUGAAAUUUUCACCAGAGGUGCAUCUCAGCCCCAGGAGGAUCCCAUUAAAUUUUGGUGGUGAUCCAGACAAAAUUCUGGAUGCUGUGAUCCAGAGCACACAAAAAUAAGGGCGUCGUUGGAAUUUUCAGUGCUGAAAGAUAACCAAUGGGCGGCACAGCAGUGUGGAUAGGUGGCACAGUGGUGUAGUGGUUAGCACUGUUGCCUCACAAUCAGAAGGUCCUGGGUUUGAAUCCCGGUCAGGGCGUUUCUUGUUCAAGGGGGGACAUGAGCUGCUUGGCGGAGGUCUGCGCUCUCCGAGUGCUUUUCUAGUUGUUACUAUGAAGAUUAGUUUUGUUAUCGGCGAUUAUUUUACUGCUCUAGAUAUUAUAAAUGUUUAAUGAUAGGCAUGUUAGAACACCUUGAGGCAGCCGUAAUGAACCUGCAAGCUUUUGAAAUAGUUUAAUAUUGGCUUCAUAAAACAAUAAUUUGACUGUAUAAUAUGAGCUUUUUUAAACUGAUAGCUCCCUUUGUCUCCCCUUGUCUAGAGGGGAACAGCCCAAUCUUUCCACAGUUGGAGCGCCUGCAUCAUGGGUUAGGAUAUCCAUGUAAUUCUUGACUUUAUCACUGUUUUUAUUUUAGAUGAUGACGCUGAGCAGCGCCACAGCACAAUGGUGGGAGAGGGGGGCAGUACAGGGGACAGCACCCCAAAGCGCAAGGGCAAGUUCUCGACCCUCGGCAAGAUCUUCAAGCCGUGGAAGUGGCGGAAGAAGAAAAGCAGCGAGAAGUUUAAGGAGACCUCAGAAGGUUUGUAGUGUGAAGAGCAAGUGAACCCCCUCUUUUUCUCACUAGUCAUACUGAAAGUAUUAAGCUUUCAUCAGGAAUUCUCAAUGUAUGCAUUCCUGCUACAAACUGCAAUGGUUCUUAAUACUCUCCUCUAAGGUUUAGUGCAAGCUUUAAACCAAAUAUCCUCAGCUCUUAGCUUGAAGCUUUGCAUGUAGAGCAUGAGAUCACAUGCUAAAUGAACCCAUUUAUACAUGAUUUUUUUCCCCUUUUGGAGCGUUUAAAAAAAAUAAACAACUACUACAACAAUUCCUGUGCAAACUUCUUUUCUGUUUAUUUUUGGCAGAAUUGGAGAGGAAGAUGUCAACGAGGCGUACGCGACAGGAGCUCAUAGAACAGGGAGUGCUGAAAGAGGUCCCGGACAACGGUAAGGAUGUGUCUGCAGUUCAUCUGAUCUCUCUGCACAGCAGCGUCUGUAUCCGACAGCAGAGGCCCCAAGGCCAUCACACCCACACAGGCAGCACAGUGAAGUCAUCAGUACAUUACAGCAGGAACACUGUCCUCCUAACCAGCAGGUGUCAGAGACAUAUUUAAAAAGGCAAAUUUACUUUCACCUUGCUGUGUUUCAAAUAAUAUCUUGCUAAAAUGGCACGCCACUCUCUGGAGCUCGGGGAAAGUGGAACAAAUCGUGCCCUGCAGUGAAAUGGCUCUGAGAGAGAGGUGUGCAAGUGUAGUGCUGGCCCUGAUGUUGCAGCAGCCCAUGUGUACCUGCAAGUGUUCACAUAAACAAGACUGUCCACUGGGAUUAGUUAGAGGCUAUCUUUUACGAAUAAAACGUUGUAUUUAUAAGCGCCUUUCUAUGGCAGGGUGUUAGGGCCACAUUAAGAAAAAAAUUAAGACUUUGAGAUUAAUUUACAAGAAUAAAGUCAUUACUAAUGGGAAUAAAGUCGUAAUAAGGUAAUAUUUAUAAGAAUGAGGUCGUAAUAAAAUCAUUACUUGCAAGAAUGAAGUUGUGUUUACAUUGUUACUUAAGAGAAUGAAGUCGUAGUAAAGUAAUCACUUAAGAGAGGAAAGUCAGAAUUAAGUCCUUAUAUUCUAACCUGUUGUUUAAGAUGACAGGAGUUGAAAUGAGAGCCAUAGAGCAUUUCCUGAAAAUGUACUUCAAUAUAGGUUUCUCAAAGAAGGAUCUUUUGGCACAUCAGCACCACAUUAUCAACAGUAUCAUAAUGAUUCUACUACGACUUUUAUUCUCGUAAGUAAUUACUUGAUUACUACUUUAUUCUUUUAAGUAAUGAUUUUAGUAUGACUUUAUUCUCGUUAGUGAUGACAUUAUUCUCGUAAAUUAACAACUUUAAUCUCAAAGUCUAAUUUUUUUUUUUUUCUAAAUGUUGCCCUAAUACUCCUAAUACUCCGUCAUACCUUUCUGAGCACUCAAGGUCAUAGAAAUAAAAAUAGGAGCAUAAACAGUUUACAAUAGUUACAAUAAAGAUAGCUCUCGUUGUUAAAUAAUCUGUUUUACAUACUUUUGUGUAAAAACAAUCCAGUAUUUAUUACCUCCGCCAAGGAGGUUAUGUUUUCGGUAGCGUUGGUUUGUUUGUUUGUGAGUUUGUUUGUCUUUUAGCAACUUAACGGAGAAAGUAACAGACGGAUUGACCUGAAAUUUUCACCAGAGGUGCGUCUCAGCCCCAGGAGGAUCACAUUACAUUUUGGUGGUGAUUCGGACAAAAUUCUGGAUACUGUGAUCCAGAACACACAAAAAUAAGGGUGUCGUUGGAAUUUUCAAUGCUGAAAGAUAACCAAUGGGCGGCACAGUGGUGUAGUGGUUAGCACUGUCCUGGGUUCGAAUCUACGUCAGGGCAUUUCUUGUUUUAGGAACAUUAUGAACAGUGAACAUACCAGUUUAAACACAAAUAAACAUUAAUAAAAGAAACGUAACAGUAAAAGUUUUGGUGUGAAUCACAGUAUAAGGGGGGACAUGAGCUGCUUGGCGAAGGUCUGCGCGCUCCAAGUGCUUUUCUAGUUUAAUAUGCAAUGAGUCCAAAAAUGAUCAAAAAGUUCUUAAAAAUGUGCUCAAUGCAGCUUCCUGCCUUUUGAAAGAUUCAUCAACUAAUUGUAGGGCUGCAGUAAUCCGAUAUGUCAAUCAAGUAUCCUCUUGAUUAUUAUGGAAAUUAGUAAUCUGAGAAAGCAGUUUUUUAAAAUCUUUUUUACUAUGUACCUUUGCCAUCACUGCUGUAACAACAAAAAUUUCUCUGUGGCAGUAAGAGUACAGUAAACGCUAAUUACCUGUGAGAGCACACAUAUCCCAGCCAUCCCUAACUAUGUCGAUGGCACAGUUUUACCACCCCUGCCAAAAAGUCUGGACAUGCCCCUGCAGAGCAGCACAGAGGAAACAUCUGGGAUCAAGUUUGCCCUAAAAGGCUGCAGGAAAACACUCCCUAUUGAUUGUUAAAGAAUGAGAGGAAACAUAAGCAAACUUCAUCUCUGUCUGAGAAAGACAGUAAAAAGGUGACUCCCGUACUUAGAAGAUGAUUAACAGCCAGCUGAUGCAGAAUACAGGAGUGACACCAAACCGCAGCAUGCAUGCAUGAUUUAAGAGGAGAAUAAUGAGGAAAACAAACGUGUCUUCUCUGUCACUAAAGGAGUAUUUACAGUAUGAUCAUUUUGUUUCCUUGCUGGUAAGUGCUGAUCAUGAGGCAUGUAAGGCUGUUCAUAGUUGUUAUACAGCCAGAGUCACAUGCACAGUGUACAAAAAACAGCGAGUUGUAUAGUCUGGAUUUAAACAAAGGCUUGAGGUAAAUAAUUUGCCCAAAGGCUUUUUUAAAAUGGAGUAACUCGACUUAUUCAAGGGAUCGUUUCAGCCUUAAUGGUUUCAUAACUUAUUUAGAUCAUCCUUGUUCAAGUGGAAAGAGACAAAAAAGACUUAAGUGUUCUUCAAAACCAAACAAAGACACCGUCAGUUCAAAAGACUGAAUAAUUUAGGUUGAAUAAAUAUUUAGUAUGCUCUCACAGUGGUGGUGCUUUAUGAAUCAGAAAACCGCUGUAUCUGAAUCGCAUUUCUACUGUCUACUUUUUCAGAUGCAGACACACCGACCUCAAAGCAGCCCUACGUGAAGAAUGGCCACACUCUGCCAGUGAGCGCUGGAGUAGGUGGAGGUAUAAGUGGUGGCAGGAGCCCCAGCAGCCAGGGCAAACUUCCCUCUGAGUCGGAAUAUAGGAUGAACCUGACUUGGCUUACCCAACCAGAUGAUCGAAGGGGUCGUGCUCCCUCGGACAUAGACCGCCGGAUAGCUCCAGGCUCCAGAGGCACAGGACUGCAUGACGAUGGGUGGAGAGGGGGAGGGGGAGGGUCACGUGCACAUGUUGAGGGUGAGUGGAAACCUAACAUGGUCUGGCAGGGCCAGAAUUAUGGCCAGAUGGAGGACUGCAGACGUGGGGGGAGACUUCACCCAGAGGAUGGGCAGAAGAGGCCAGGGCUGCAGAAGGCCCCAUCAGAGGAUGGCAGAAGGAGUCGACCUGCAGAAGCAGACUGGAAACCAACUUUACCCCGACAUGCAUCCGCUGAGGAGGGAAGGGCCCGCAGAGGUGAGUAAAUCUCCAUUUUUCUCUCCUGAGGUUUGACAUCCUGUAGUCAUGAGACCUCUGUGUUUUCUGUCGCUCUCUCAUUUGGAGUGUCAAAGAAGAAGUGUUCAUUUGACGACAUGACCUUGUUCACACAUGUUGAUGGUAAUCAGCCAUUCUUAAGGCUAUGUCAAAUUUUCAUACCUCCUUGCUGCCACUUCCCUGCCUCUGUGCUGUUCUCCUGAUAUAGACAGGCUGCUGGUGGCUCCCAGGGGCCCUGCUCCAGCUACCAGCUUCUUAUUCAGGAACGUAAGGGAAUAAGUUGUCCUCCCUUCUCCUCUCCUAAUUACUGUGCUGUGAUCACUAUGCCCAUUAUUGCCCUUGGAUGCUAUCACUGUCAACUCAGUGAUAAUUGGUGAAGAGACAAAGCAGAGUAAUUCUGCUGCAAUGUUAGUUGUUGUUGAACAUCCGUGUUGGAUUUUAUUUGACACAUGAACGUCUUCAAUUCUUUUACUGCUCUACUGAACCAAAGAGUGUGAGUAGGGCCAAAGGAAAGUGUUGUGAUUAGGCCUGCACGAUAUAUCGUUUGAACAUCGUCAUUGCGAUGUACGUGUGUGCGAUAGUCACAUCGCAGAGCCUGCGAUGUUGGCGGUGAAUGAACUCAGUUAUUCAAGGGUAGCUGACUGAGAUACACUGCAUGUGACUCUGCAUGUGCUGUGCAGCGAUCCACCAAUCACCUUCGUCCUUUACUCAGUUGCCAAUCAGAUUACCCUGCCAGCUGUCAAUCAAAAUCAGAGAGGAGGAAACCCACCCCUGCACAUGUUCUGCACAUGGAGUUAGUCGCUGGCUGCUGGUGUUGAGCCGAGAAACGCGUGUCCGCUGAGAAUUACUUUCGGAACUUUACUCAUGACUGUUAAGCCCAACAAAUAAGAACUGUAUGGGUUUUAGAAUGUAUAUUUCCGUGGACCACUCUACUAUAAGCGGUGCGAGUUUUGCGAGGUGCAUGCAAUUCUCGGAGGACAUGCGUUUCUCGGCACAACACCAGUAACAACAACAACAACGAUUGCAAACUGAGAAACACUCAGAGAAAACCACAGAAGAUGAAGACUUGUUGCCAAAAAGAAAAGGAAAGUCAGUUAUCUGGAAUUAUUUCGGUAAAAAGAAGGAUGAUGGCGACCAAAAUACGUGUUCUGUGUUCAUCUGUCGCCACAAUAACCCAGCACAAUAAAAGCUAAAAAUAUCUCUGAGACAGACAGAAGCCGUUCUACUAACAUUCACAAAAAGAGGUAAGAUCAGAGCAGGUUAACUGUCCUCAAGAUUUCAGCAGUGCAGCAUAACAUUAAGUGCUAUUCAGGUCAUCUGGUUAAAAUUCCUGUGUUUUUAAUAUCACAAUAUAUAUCACAGGGUUGAAAAAAAUCGCAAUAUUAUUUUUUUCCAAUAUCGUGGAGCCUUAGUCUGCACCUGGUCUGAGUUCCACCUUCGAGCGUUUAGUGCAUGUGAUCUCCGUUCUCAUGACGUUUUCUGGCUUUCUCCAGCUGUCAAAGGACACCCCAUCGGCUGCCACUCCUACUUUUGACCAACAAACUUGCAGAUGAAUUGAGAUUUUCUCUCAUUUUCCCAUAAUGUGUCUCUGCUCAACUGCUUUCUCUGUCCCACAUCACAUUUUCCUUUUUCAUUCUUGCUCUAAAACUGCAUUUCACUCUCCCUCUCCCUCUCCGUCUCCCACUCUCUUUCUAUCUUUAUCACAUCCCCAGCUCACUCUGUUCUACAUUUCACUUCCUCCUUUCCUCCAGAUUAUUUCCUCUUUGGCUGUGUGAUGUCACGGCGAUAAGAGCCCGUCGGUAAAUAAAUAACCCUGGGCUUCAGAGCAGCAAGUUUGAGGAAUGGCGUGGGAGUUGGGAGCAGCAGUGUGGGAGGAUGUUGUGUGGGCAGAAGGAUGUAGGUUUUGGUGGUAAUUGCAGCCGCCUACUCAGUUUAUCUUCACAGCUGAUCCCGAGAUAAUGCAGUUCUCAAACAAGUGCUAUCACAGAGAGUGCUAGGAGUGGUGAGGCAGCAGAAAAUGGCUCGCUGCUCAGUCCCUGAACUGAAACAUUUAUAGCCAUGUGGAGAGGUAUUUCAAAGUGAGAUAUAAUGAGAUCACUAAUUCAAUAAUGAAGAAGAUAAAAGUGCUUCAACAUCUGCCAAGUAGAAUAUUUUGUUAGUCACACAGCUGGAUAUGCGUUUAAAAGCACUUCUGGCAUUUUUGUUCAACGUUUCUCUGAGUCAGUCCUCGUUUCUUUUGCGGUUUUGUUGGGAUGAGCUUAAAUGAUUUGACUUAUUCUCAUGAUACUUUGGUUCCACAGAGCCAGAGAGCCAUUUCAUCUCUGACCCAGAAGCCCUACGGGACACCCUGCGUGAACCUCUGCCGCCUAAACAGUCCGUCAUGCCUCCGAAAUGGCUGAUGACCUCACCCGCUGAGCCAGGAAGCAAAGGUCCGCCUCGCACGCCCUCCAACCACCCCACUAUCCAGUACUCCUCUCCCUCUGCCACCUCCAAACCUGUUCGAUCCGUCUCCUCUGCUGGUGCGUCCACCCAGCAGACUUCAUCCUUAGCCCCGACCUCCACCUCUCAGGGCACCAAGCAGCCCCCUCUGCCUCCACCCAAGCCUGUGAACCGGGGCAACGCCCCCAUGCUGGGUAAGCUCUGCUGCAUAAUGUGUUUGCCUCUGGUAACAGGUGAUGAACGCUGUCAGCGUGAUCAGACGCAGCUCACAUCAGCAGUCACAAAUGUGCAUUAUGAACACUCAGAUGUCUGCUCAGUUAGCGUGUAGUUCUCCCACUGCUGGAAACAAUAUGUACAUUUAUGAGUCAGAGCACAACUGAUGGCAAAGAGAAUUCACACACACACACACACACACACACACAGAUACACACUGCCGUCCUGGUAAUGAUGUUAUGUGAACAGCUUGAGCAGCCUCUCCCCUGCUAAUUCCUUAUUACGCCUGGACUAUUUUAGCUGCAACUUUUCCUCUGCAUUUUACACUCUGGAGUUAAGUGGGACUGCUGUGGUUCUGGAUGCUGCUCUCACAGACACAGUGCAGUGGUUGCUCUUGUUGUUGUUUAUUGUGGGUUUGUCUGAUCUGGGCUCUUGCUGUUAUUCCCACUUGGACAGAACUGUCUACUUUGAUUCAUUUUAAUCUCAUUAGACAUUUGAUGAUUUUUUUUUUUUUCUAUUCACUCUAGGUACGCUCUCCUUUUUUCAUGCAGAGAGUCGUUUCUGUAUGACUGAACCAUUAGCAUUUCAAAAUGUCCUGUUUUUUCUUUACCUUGAGACCCAUGUUGGUUACCUUAAACUAGAGAUGCACCGAUCCGUUUUUUCCGAUCCAAUCCGAUACCUGGCUGAGCGUAUCGGCCGAUGUGCGAUACCGAUCCUAUACUGCUGUUGAAUGAAUGAACUGUAUACCUCGCCCUGUGAGUGAAGGCAUCAGGCUUGACAUUAGCUUUGUUAAGAAAAAGGUUACAAAUUCACACAGAUACAAAUUUACUUAAUAUUAUUUAUUAACAAAUAACAAAUUGCACAUUAGCGCACAGCAAAAAGAAGUAAGACUUCCAUGUAAACAUUUAGUGCAAAAGAAUAGGCAGACGUAGAAUAUAGAGCAAACAGAAUCACUGUGUUGCUGUGUAUGAUAAUAAUUAAAAGAAAAAAAGACUGGAAUCUGUCAUUCAUCAGAUACCCGAUCCAGUUAAUUUGUCAAUAUCGGAGCCGAUCCAAAUAUCUGAUCGGUGCAUCCCUACCUUUAAACAGAACCAAAUGUAGCCAAUUGAUGAACAAGAGCAAUUUUUUUCAAAACUAAGAGCAUGUCUAGCAGAUGUCAAACGGAGACAACAAGAAUCUUCUCUUGUAGUUUUUGACAGUCUAUGGAUAAAGCUUGGACUAACCUGUUAAACUAACCGGUGAGAGAAAUUGGACUCAUGCUGAUAGUCAGUUUCUUGCUCACAGUCAGUUAAAAAUCAAUCAGGCUGAUAUGGUUCAGAGAAAUAUGACGCCACAUUUUAUUCCAGUCAGGUAGGCAGGGUUUGUUACCAUUCAAUAAAGCCACACUAGCUUUUCCAACUGUUGACAAGAACAUCUGUCUGACUUCAGACAAUACUGAAUGAUCUCUUUAAGGGUGGAGAUGAAUAGAGGACAGAAGAUAAGAUAAGAAGAACUUUAUUUGUCCCCGGAGGAAAAUUCAAUUCAAAGGGGUGAUGUUAGAUUUGAUUCGGAUUUAGGUGAACAUCAGCCCCCCCCCCUAAUAGUGAAUAAAAAUAGCAAAACAGUGCUACCUUGUACCUGCUCUGAUUAAACACACCAGCUGAAAGCCUCCAUCUCCUCCCUGUUAGUCUCCGCCCUGCAGGGGGGAGAGAACGCUCAGCUUCCGCUCUACUGGUCCUGCUGGAAGCGAGAAUGUGACUACGAUGUCUACCUGUCCCUACCUGUCUACCUGUGCCGGCGGGCUGGAGGCCUGCGCUCAGGUAAAAGGAUACCUCCUGGUAUCUGUGUGGCCAGGGUGCCAGUGUCUGGAAUGCCUCCUUCCCCCUCCUCCAGCUCUCCAGAGUCUACAUUCUCCAUCAUGUCGCCUCCUUUCUAGCUGCUGACAUAUUUCCCCUAAUGCCUAUAGCUUGCUGACUGGCUGUGUUUGCUUUUCCUUGUUGUAUAUAAGAGCCGCAUGCACUAAGCUGAUAAUAAGUGGUCUGUUUGUAAAUAUAUAAGAAUAAGAGACAGCAAUGAUAGUGAGCUUUAAUGCUGAGCUCUCUUACUUGGCAUAUGAAUAAGGGGGAAGCCCUCAGCAGGAUCCUGCUGUGUCCUGCAAUGAAUCAAGUGAGUUUAUAUCUCCUCAGCCUCUGCACAGUUCUCGGUUGGAUGGAUUAGGGGAUGAAUAAAAGGAUGAAAGGUUCAAGAACCAUGACAUUAGUUGUUUUAGAAGAGAAAAUAUUUUCCAUGUGAGUCGAUGCUCCUGCAUGUCUUCAGGCUGAUAACACUGAUCUGUUUUGAUGCAUAUAUUGCAUAGCUGUGGCUUAACUUGACUUUCGAGCUGUUUUAUAGAACGUUAAGAUUUAUUUGCCGAUACACACGUGCAUGCAAAUGAUUGAAGGGUUUGCAUUCAAGUUUUUUUGUCUUGUUUCAUUUGAAAGAUGCUUUUAACACAGUUUGAGUGCAAGCUAAGUUUUUAUCUCUGUAUAGCAUGUAGGGUGUAUGUCUCUCCUUCCCCUCUUUGACCUGGACCACAUGCUGCUCACUGGUUUAUUAGGGCAAUGUGUGCAUUCAUGUUAACAUGGUCAUGUGAUCGAAUAUACUGUUCACACUGAUGCUUAGCCACUCAUGUAAGCCUGGUUAUUAUGUUUGGUCACAUGUAACCCGUCAUUUUUGGGUACAUUAUUCAACUGUAUUUCCACGAUAGUUGAGAGGCUGUGUAAAAUACGGGAAAACGAGAGUUUGUGAAUCAUUUAAAGCCCUUAUGUAAUUCAAAAUAGUGCAGAGCCAGCACGUUGAAACUGGAAAAUUCUGAAUUUGAUGCCUGCAGCACGUUUAAAGAGUUGGGACAGGGACAUAUUUACCGCUGUGUUUCCUCACUUGUUCAUUUAACAACACUUUGGACAGGAAAUAAACAACAGUAAUGUCUGGCUAGCAUCAUGUUGCUCCAAAAGCUGAAUAUAUAGUUUAGCAUUGAUGCAGUCUUCCUGCAGAGGGACUCGCCCCCCUUUAAAAUGCCCUUUUUUGCUCAUUUCUGUGACCAACUUGUUCAAAUUUAAUGUAAUUGGUUGGAAGAUGUUUUUUAUCAUUCAGCAGUUUUAUGUGAGAGUGUUUUGUGGUCCCUGCUUUAACUGCCUUGAAAUGUGUUGCCGGCAUCAAAUCUAAAAUGAGCAUCGUUUUUUUUUUCAUAAAACAAUAAAAAAAAUUUUGUUUGGAUUUUAUUUUAAAUUGUACAUUUUGAGUGAUUUGCAAACCAUCAAUCUGUUCUUUUUUUCCGGUAUUUUACUUAUAGCAUCUCAAAUCUUAUUAGAAUGAAGUUGUACAUGCAGAACUGCUGCACAGACAUUGAUGUCACAUAGAAAAUGAAACAUUCACUAGGGUUUCGUAUAGGUCAUAUUCAUCACCUGUAAACUUAAUGGUUUUGGUCAUUUUCAGGUGACUUAACUCAAGGAGCAGCAAGUCUUGUGCCAGCCAAGCCGUCUCCACCGAUGCCUCCAAAGAGGACUACUCCCGUCACCAAACGCAACACGGAUGACCCCUCUGUUUCAAGUCAUCCCAUCAACCCCUCACCACUUUCCCUGGAAGACCACAGCAACCUCUCUGUCAGCUUCCAGCUGCCUCCCCCUCCCCCGUCCCCUCCCCUGCCGACGCACAUACCCCCGUCUCCCCCACGCCAACACAUACACACCCACCACCUCCACCAUCAGCACUCCUACCCCCACCCUUUGCCUCAGCCCAUACCCAUGCUGUUUGACCCUCCAAGCCCGACCAAUGAGUCUCCUCAGCGGCCGGCUCCUGUCCCGCUUCAUAUCAUGAUCCAGAGAGCUCUGUCCAGUCCCGGCCCCGCUCAGCCACAUCCAGACGGGUCACAGCGAGCGCACACACUGCUUUUUGAAACACCUCAAGAGUACCAAGGAGAUCGAGGUCGUCCUCUGCCGGUCAGCAUUCAGCCUCUGAAACUGUAAGUUCCUCAUCUGAAAACGAAUGAAAGGCUUGUUGUAAAACAAAGCUUUCAUACCAGCAAUAACAAGGCAGCUUGAAAAGAGGGCAUGUUGCUGAAAUAUGUGAAUGAUUUCACCCAUUCAACUACUGAUUCAUCUUUUUAUGUGUCUAUGAUCAGCCUCCACAGUAACUCAUUUAGCCUUGUACACUUUGUACUCACGGCUGGUGUAAAUCUUCCCAGGUCAAAAGAUUUCAGAUAAAAGCAGAAAGGUGAUGGUUGGAUUUAAAUCCUAGCAAGGCUAACACAUGUUAAUUGAAGUGUGGAUGUAUUUUCAUUUGAUGAAUUUGAAACAUGUCAGUCUUGUUUUGAUUAAAAUGUACCUAAAAGUGAUCUAUGUUGACGAUCAAUCUGUUUAUUUUCCCAAUCUGUUAGAUCUGAGGAUGACUAUUCAGAGGAAGAAGAAGAAGAGGAGGAAGAUGACGAGGAAGAGGACGCAUAUGACGGGGAGAUUCCGCAGCCAGAGCUGGAGCCUCGGAGUCGCAGAUGCUUGGUGGGGGACGCAGGUGUUUGUGUUAUCCCAGGGGGAAACAGCAGUGAGGAGGAGGAGGAAGAUGAGGACGAUGAGGAAAGAGAGCAUGACAUGCACGGGGACGACAGCGACUCAGAGGGUCCUGUGCUUUACAAAGAUGAAGACUCAGAUGAAGAUGAAGAGGACGAGCCCCCUCCAAGUAAGUAUACUCAUAUUUAUGUAAACACAGACGUGGUCUCUUUUUUGUUUGGUUUAUCUUUUUUAAUUUUCGCUCCUUCACACCUGAUCAUAUCCUUUUUUUUUGGCUGUUAUCCAGGUGCUCUGGCCAGCAGGGUCAAGAGGAAGGACACCUUGGCUCUGAAACUGAGUAGCCGUCCCAUGGCCCCAGACAGGGACAGGUUUACCCAGGAGAGGAGCAGCAGGGACGACCAGCCCCCAGGACAGACCGGCCUUACCUGGCAGAGCAGGGAGCAGUGGGAAGCUAUCCGCACACAAAUUGGCACGGCACUCACAAGGUAAAAGCAGCAUUGAACAAAGUACACAGCUUCAUUACUUUGGUCAAAGUCGUACACAUGGAAGAACAUCCUGCUUAUCUUUAUUUUUAGAAAACACUGUUAAAAGUACCUGAACUUCCAUGCCAUGAACUUCCAAAUUUAACAACAAAAGGAACAAACAAAAUCAGCUGGAAAAAAGUCAGCCAGGCUUUACUCAGCGAAUGGCCGUUCUAGUUUCUUUAACAGCCAUUCCAGUAUUUGCCGGUGUUGGUUAACAGGACAAAAACUUAGAUCAACACGACUCAAAAGCUUCACAUGUAGCUCUUAGAUAUGGCUAUGGAUGCCUGUUUAAGCUAUCACUUCUACUAUCAUGUACAGGCACAAAAACACAGUUUAAACAUCCCCAUGCAGAACUACUCAAAUACAAUUUAUUGUCUCCCAGAUCUGAAUGUAAAGAGGAAAUGUCAUCACCUGUCCUCUGAGCAAAAGUAACGAGAAAGUUUAUAGGAGUAUGGCUGGGUCAUACAGCACAGUAUUUGGGUUUCAGAUCUAAUGGAGUAAAAGUGAUGAAUUUUCUCAAAAAUAAAACUCGAAGUACAGGCACUCAAAAAAUUUACUUACGUACCAUACUGACAUUUGGUACUCAAGUGACUUUGUUGCUUCCCACCACUGAAAAACAGAUAUCACUGUGUAUAAGUGCGUAUUCUAAUUCCUCGUACACUCUUUUAACGACAGUCGUCUGUGCAGUUCUUAAAGAAAUCAGAUCUUUUCUUAGAUCCUUGUCCUACUUAAUGCCUGAACGACAAAGUGAUGAAGCUGUGUAAAAAUAGUCCCACUCCCUGUUUUCUUCUCCUUUUUUCCAAUUCAGGCGACUUAGCCAGAGACCCACUGUUGAAGAGCUGGAGCAAAGAAACAUCCUCCAGCGUGAGUAUCAAGUCCCCUUUUCCUUUUCACCAUUGUUAUCACUGAGCUCACUACUGUCUUCAGUGAAGGUAGAUGUUGUUUUUUAAUCUUCAACUAUUUUUUGGGCUAAAAUUAGAAGAGAAUUAGCCUAUAAAUUGUCUAUGAUAUAUUAAUAAUAACAUGUUUUACAUUCUUCAACCAGGCAUUCACAAUAGAUAAUGUGUUAGAGGAGCAUAUUUGCAUGCAUAAAUAUAGCUAGACCUCACACUUACACUAAGACAGUUUGAAUCCUGGAUUACAGCUCAGCUGUCUAAUUUUGGAAACUGCUUUUACUCUACCUUUGGUGAACAUCAAUCGCAGCUUUCAUGCAGCUCCUAAAAAAAGCUGUUUUUUCUCUCCCUUUUUCCAGCCAAAAACCAGGCUGACAGACAAGCAGAGGUCAGGGAGAUUAAGCGGCGGCUGACCCGGAAGGUGAGGCAACACAUCCUUAGCAGACAACCUAGUGUAAAAUGGAGUAUGUGCUGGAUGUUAAGCUGACAUGAAAUCUCUGUUUGUUGUAGCUAAGUCAAAGACCCACAGUUGCAGAACUACAGGCAAGAAAAAUCCUGCGAUUUCACGAAUACGUGGAAGUCACGGAUGCCCAAGACUACGAUCGGAGAGCAGACAAGCCGUGGACUAAGCUGACUCCUGCUGACAAGGUACUCACUCAGUUUGCCAUCUCCAGCGAGCACUCAGCAAACCCAGUGAAUGUACCGAACACACCUCUUCACAUGAUAUUAGCAUCAAAAGUGAUGUUAAGCACAGGGUUUCCAUUAAGUGAAAAUUUAAUAUGCAGCAUCUGUUUCUUAUAGGCGGCUAUCAGGAAAGAGCUCAACGACUAUAAGAGCACUGAAAUGGAGGUUCAUGAAGAGAGCAGAAUCUACACGAGGUAUUUCUGCAUCAGUUUGACACUGACAUUACAGUUCCUCAAAUUUCAGUCUUUGUUGAUCAGGUGACAGUAAGUGUUCAAAGGGUUGACAGUGUGUUUGAGUCAGUACUAUAGCAUUUACAUGUUCAGUCUGUAGGAGCAACAGCUGUCUGUCCAACUUAAUCAAUGAACCCAUCAAUUUUUUAAACAGUGAAAUCUUAAUCUUAUAAUAAUAAAAGCAAACCAGGAUUAGUAGUUUGUUUAAUUUCUGUUUUUUAAAGAGUUUAAUUUUAGUUUAAAGAGUUUUAAAGUUCCAUGAAUGCAUGUAACGCAGAUUUCUGUUCAUGAUGAAUAAUCCUGACCUCCGCGAGCAGCCUUUAAAUGUAUUACUUUUCACUUUACGACUCACUUCUUGACUCCAUUUGAAACACAAACCUGUGUGUUGUGGGUCUCACUGGUUAAACAUACAGCAGUUAAGAUGUCGCCCAGACCAGGCAAUCUCAUGAAAAAUGGCAGCUGACAAACAUAGACCACAAACAGCAUGAAAAACAGUUUGAUUGCAUAUGCCUCACAAGAUAUGUUUUUUCUUUUUAUUAUUCAGGUUUCAUCGGCCUUAGACUCCUCCCUCUCCUCACAAAGUGAAGCACUUAAAAAAUCUGUGAGUCAAAAAGCUGCUCCCUGUGCAGACAGACUUUUAUCUUUCCAGAAUGUAAUUGUACAGAUCAUCAGGGGAAGCCUGAAACUAACUGAAAAAAGAGAAUGCUUCUUGCUUACCCUCCAUCGCCCUCUCGCUACAUUGCUUACACUAAAUUGAGGAGGUGGUGGAUAAGGACCAGAUGCAGUAUUUCUCCCUGCCGACAGGAGGAACCACGUGCCAAUGAAGAGGAGAAGAGGCAGAGAACCUACAGGGCUUACUCUCAGUCUGCUGUUCUGUGGUACCCCUCAGGGACUUGGAUCUAGUUACAACCUUUAAUGCGGCCUCAUUCUGUGUUGCCUUUUUUCUUCUUUACUGUAUAUGGAAAAGCUCAUUCAUCUUGUUAAUGUAACAACAUACAACAAUAAUAGUAAUAAUAAUAAUAAUAAUGAUGAUGACUUAUAAUACUCCACACGGUAAUAAUAGAUAAGAAACAAACAGGGAGAACAGACUGGAGGAUGAAGACUGGGAUAUUCUGCUAUAGGACUGGACAUCUCUGGGAUAUUGUGUAUGUUUUAUAAAACUGUGUACAGACUGCUAUUGUUAUACUUAAGAAUGACAUUUGGGAAGAUCUGAUUACAAAAUAUUCUGUGAUGCACAAGAUAUUUUAUUGUAAUUUUGAUCACAUGAGUAAUGACAGAUUUUAUUUGAGCCUUUUUAUGAUUUGGCUUGCCUAUAUUUAUGGUUGUGAUGUGAGGUGGCCAUUAAAGCAUCAUUUUAGAUUUAUAGGAGCACGACAGUCAGGAGGCUGUUGGUGAGGGUGGUUUUUUUGUGUGUGCCAACAUACCUAAUGCCUAUAGGACUGGAUGAUACUGGUUUUGCAUACCACUAUUUUCUGCAAUUCACUGCAUGAGCCAAUACAGAAUUCCAAAGCCACAGGAUCUGGAUAUUCUCUUAAUUUAUACUUUUUUAUGAGUUUUUGUACUUCCCUUCAAAGAUCAAACAAUACAAUACAACGCAUUCUGUAGCCAUCUAGAAGAAGGUCAAACGUGUUAGUUACAUGCAAGUUUUUGUUGGUGUAGAUCAGGAAAUUGUCCAAAAAAUCUGAAAAUGUAUAAAUGGUGGACAGAGAGUCCUCUUGGCUGGAGUCUUUGGAAACUACAGAAGUGUUUUAUCAUCUAUUGUUGUCUGGCCAGUAGCUUACAGGGUUCUCUCUUUAUGAUGUGUACAGGUUGAUAAAGAUGUAACUGAUGCUUAUGUAUAUCUUGUCUUCCUUUCAUUUAAAAAGAAAAUGUUAAAUAUGAAAUUAAUAUAGGUUGCUAUUUUUUUAAGCACAAAAUAUUAGUUAAUUCAAAUGCUACAAGAAUGGGAAUAUGAAAGUGUACCUUUUCUGUAAAACUAAGCUCAUUUUUAAUUGAAUGUGGAAUUGUAUGGACUGACUUUCCUUUUUAUUUGUAAAUAGUCACAUCUGGAUCUAAUUAAUUAAACUAAUUACAGUUCCUUGAACUCUCAGUGCUAACACUGUGAA